UUCAACUGGUGUGAGGUGUCUGGUUUACACUUUACACUUACAGAAGAAAAGUGAAUAUAGAAUCCAGUUUACCGUUCUAACGGCUAUCACUUCUGUUUUGUUAUGAAAAGUUUUGUACUCGGUUCGGAUUUUCCUAUUUAACUCUAUUGUAUUUUGUAUUAUAGCACGAUAGAUAAUACAUGUUAUAGUUUUAUUAUUAUUAUAAGUAUUGCAAAUUCAUACCGCUCCGCUGUCCACAAUUUUCGUUUCGCUGACUGUGUUGAUCAACAACUGUAAAACAGAACUGACCAAUAAUGGCCAAGACGGGUUACAGGGACUACGAUAGCGACAAAGCUAAAUUUAUAGACUUCUUGCAAAACUAUCAAGCGUUGGAUAAAGAUAAUCAAAAACAUGCCAAGUACGCCGUUCAGAUGGCCAAGCUCGCUCAUCGCGAACAGGUGCCUUUGUUUAUCGAAUUGGACGACUUGGACCAUUUUGAUUCUUCUUUAAGCGAAGCUGUGUCUGCAAAUACCCGGAGAUAUUCAACAAUGAUUGGUGACAUUGUUCAAGAAUUAUUGCCUUCUUAUAAAGAUCACGAACCUGAAAACAAAGAUGCCUUGGACGUAUAUAUUGAACACAGAAUCCUCGCUCAACAAAGACAAAGAAUGAGACAACCUGAUGACAAUGCUGCUCCUACUAGCAGAUAUCCACCAGAAUUAAUGCGAAGAUUCGAGAUAUAUUUUAAAGAUCUGAGCACAAAAAAAGAACAGCCAAUCCGUGAUGUUAAGGCUAGUAGCAUCGGUAAACUAAUUUCUGUUCGUGGAAUUGUAAUGCGAAGCACGGAAGUAAAACCGAUGAUAACUGUUGCCACUUAUUCAUGUGAUUUAUGUGGAGGGGAAACUUACCAACCCAUAAAUUCAUUAACAUUUAAGCCUUUAGAGUUUUGUCCUAGUUCGGAAUGUUCUACGACUAAACCAGGUAGUCGUUUAUAUUUGCAAACUAGAGGAUCCAAAUUUAUAAAAUUUCAAGAACUUAAAAUACAAGAAUUGAGUGAUCAAGUACCAGUUGGUCAUAUCCCUCGUUCCUUAACAGUUAUUUGCCGAGGAGAAGCAACACGAAAAGCUGUACCAGGAGACCAUGUUUUAAUAACAGGAAUAUUUUUGCCCUUAGUGCGUACCGGUUUUAGACAAAUACAACAAGGUCUAUUAUCUGAUACUUAUCUCGAAGCUCAUAAUGUGGAAUGCUUAAACAAAUUAAACGAUGAAAAACUAGGGGAAGGUGAGUUGACCGAGGAAGAAGUGUUAGAAUUGGCUGGUGAAGAUUUUUACUCAAAGUUAGCUGCCAGUUUAGCGCCCGAAAUUUACGGACAUGAAGAUGUUAAAAAAGCUUUAUUGCUGCUUUUAGUCGGAGGAGUAGAUAGAGCACCUGAAGGAAUGAAAAUUAGAGGAAGUAUAAAUAUUUGCUUGAUGGGUGAUCCUGGAGUCGCCAAGUCACAAUUACUCUCAUAUAUUGAACGUCUUGCACGUCGUAGUCAAUAUACAACAGGUCGUGGUUCCUCAGGCGUUGGUCUUACGGCGGCAGUUAUGAAGGAUCCUCUGACUAACGAAAUGGUAUUGGAAGGCGGAGCUCUUGUGUUAGCUGACCAGGGCGUGUGUUGUAUCGAUGAAUUUGAUAAAAUGGCUGAAACUGACAGAACAGCCAUUCACGAAGUGAUGGAACAGCAAACUAUUUCAAUUGCUAAAGCCGGAAUUAUGACACGUUUAAAUGCACGUGUAAGUAUUUUAGCCGCAGCUAACCCCGCUUAUGGAAGGUAUGAUCCUAAACGUUCUAUUGAAGCCAACAUUCAACUACCGGCUGCUCUGCUUUCUCGUUUUGACCUACUGUGGUUAAUUCAAGAUAAACCGAACCGAGAAAAUGAUCUAAAGUUAGCUCACCAUAUCACAUAUGUGCACAAGCACAGUCGUCAGCCGCCAACUGAAAUUCAGGCCUUGGACAUGAGUCUGAUGCGUCGUUAUAUUGAUUUAUGUAAAAAGAAGUCUCCUACUGUGCCUGUUGAAUUAACAGAAUUCUUGGUCGAUUCUUAUGUCGAUUUGCGUAAAGAUUCGCGUAACAAUGGUGACACAACAUUUACAUCUGCGAGAAACCUUUUAGCUAUUCUCAGGAUAUCAACAGCAUUAGCAAAACUUAGAUUAUCAGAUUUGGUGGAGAAAGAAGAUGUAGUGGAAGCCAUGAGGUUAUUGGAAAUGUCCAAGAUAUCCCUGAUGCAAGUUGAUGAAAGAACUGGAAGAGCCCAAACUGUCGUUGACCGUGUAUUUAACGUAAUCAGAGAAUUGGCUGGUGGUCGUACUGUUGUUAAGAUGUCCGAUAUAAGAGAUUAUUGUACAAGCAAAGGAUUCAACGCUUCACAAGUCGACGACUGUAUUGAAGAAUAUGAAAUGCUCAAUGUUUGGCAAGUAAAUCAAGCAAAAACCACAAUUACUUUUAUUUAAUUUGUAUACAUUUUUUUCAAUUUUCCUAAGACAUUUUUUUUUACGUAAUAUUCAUGUUCUUCUAUUUAUAACUUUGAGUUAAAUGUGACGAGGUAUUUUGUCCUUGUUUUUUUUUUUAUUAUAUGAUUUUUUUACAUUUGGUAUACAAUUUGUAUGUAAAAC